GUCAGAACAAGUUGUGUUGUUUAUCUGGCAAAUUGCUGUCAUUUAAACCCCUAGAGUGGGGCACAAAUCUUCAUGUGUAUAUAUACACACACAUAUUUUAUCAAGGGAAGUAGGCAAUGCGGCCAGUUGAGCAAAACUUAGAGAUCCCGGCUUUCAGAGUCUUACAAUCUCCUGCGCUACUUCCAUCCACCACUUACCACUUCUACUUGUGAUAUUGGCAACCAAGAUGCCUAGCACCAGCCCUGAUUAUGAUCAUCAUCAGAAAUCAUUCAGAAUUAAGCAUGAUGAUGACAAGUUCUUCACCAGGCUUCUGUCCAAGGAAAGUUCUAAAUCAAACCCUUCUUUCAGAGUCUACUAUGGGGAUCAUGUCCCCAGUGCUGUUCCCUUCAUGUGGGAAACUCGUCCUGGUACCCCUAAACACACAUCUUCUCACAAUUCUCACAUUCCUCCUCUCACCCCACCUCCCUCUUACUACACCAACAACUUCACCAACUCCUCAAAGAACCACUCCAGAUCCAAGCUUCUUUUCCACACUUUCCUAAGCAGAAUGAAUCCCAAGAAACCCCACUCCCCAUCAUCUCAUUCGCCUACCUCCUCCUUCUCCUCUCUUUCCUGGUCAUCAUCUUCACGUUCCUCCUUCUCUGAUCCGGUCAUGACACCCACCUACGCUCACAAGCGAAGACGUACUUCAAGCUGGAGCGUGUCGUUUGACAAGUCGUCGUGUUUUGGGAAUGAGAAGGAGAAUGGUGAAAAUCAGAGACGCUCAGUGUUAAUUGUGAAGAAAGCUUUGUUGUCCAUAGUCGGCCGUCGAUCCGCUUAGUGUACGUUAAGGUAUUGCUUGUUAAAUCAUCUGUGUUGUUAGGCACCGUUGAUUUUUUGUGCUUUAGACGUACUGGAAACGAUUUGAUUUUUCGGUUCCUCGGUGUUAAUGUGCUGCUGUAGUUAUAUAAUUACUGCGGACUCCACUUCAAUAAUAACAAUUGAAUUUGAAAUGUA